CGAGAGAUACGGGAGUUCAAACAGAGCAAGAAUUUAGCCUGCCCCUUGGCAAUGUUUUAAAGGUCAUGGACAAGGACAGCCAGGAUGUUCACCAGGUGCUGAAUGAGCUGAAGAACAAGUUCCAGGAGAUGAGAAAGCUGAUCAACUCCAUGCCUGGCAUCGGCGUGAGCCCAGAGCAGCAGCAGCAGCAGCUGCAGAACCUGCGGGAGCAGGUCCGGACCAAAAACGAACUGCUGCAGAAGUACAAGAGCCUUUGCAUGUUUGAAAUCCCCAAGGAGUAG